AUGCUCGACGUAGCUAAUCGCCCAAUGCCAAAGCCAGAGAUGUUCGCAGCCCACCGUGCUAAGACACUCGCUGAAUUAAGAAAGCGCAAAUUAGAGGGUGUUGUUCUCAUCUACGGCUUCCCAGAGCCAACACGCGCCCACUGCGACUUCGAACCAGUCUUCCGCCAGGAAUCCUGCUUCUACUGGCUCACCGGCGUCAAUGAGGCCGACUGCGCCUACUUCCUUGAUAUCGAGACAGGAAAGGAAAUCCUCUUCUACCCAGAUAUCCCACAGGCUUACAUCAUCUGGUUCGGUGAGCUCGCCACCAUCGAUGACAUCAAGAAGAAGUACGGUUUCGAGGAUGUCCGCUUAAUGCCAAAGAUCCAAGAGACACUUGCUGAAUACAAGCUCAAGAAGAUCCACACACUCCCAGAAACAUGCAUUCUUAAGGGUUACGAUGCUCUUCUCGACAAGAACGAGUUCAUUGACGUCGUCGGCGAACUCCGCCAGAUCAAGGAUGACGAUGAGAUGGUUCUCAUCCAAUACGCAUGCGAUGUCAACAGUUUCGCUGUCAGAGACACCUUCAAGAAGGUCCAUCCAAAGAUGUGGGAGCACCAGGUCGAAGCAAACCUCAUCAAGCACUACGUCGACUACUACUGCCGCUGCUUCGCCUUCUCAACAAUUGUCUGCUCAGGCGAGAACUGCUCCAUCCUCCACUACCACCACAACAACAAGUUCAUCGAAGAUGGCGAACUUAUCCUCAUCGAUACAGGCUGUGAGUACAACUGCUACGCUGCUGAUAACACACGUACAAUCCCAGCCAACGGCAAGUUCUCACCAGAUCAGCGCGCUGUCUACCAGGCUGUUCUCGAUUGCCACAAUUACGUCGUCGCCCACGCUAAGCCAGGCGUCUUCUGGCCAGACCUCGCUUACGACUCCGCCAAGGUCAUGGCUGCUGGACUCCUCAAGCUCGGCCUCUUCCAGAACGGUACAGUCGACGAGAUCGUCGAUGCUGGCGCUCUCGCCGUCUUCUACCCACACGGUCUCGGCCACGGCAUGGGUAUCGACUGCCACGAAAUCGCUGGCUGGCCACGUGGAACAUGCCGCGGAAAGAAGCCACACCACUCAUUCGUCCGCUUCGGCAGAACACUUGAGAAGGGUGUCGUCAUCACAAACGAACCAGGCUGCUACUUCAUCCGCCCAUCUUACAACGCUGCUUUCGCUGACCCAGAGAAGUCUAAGUACAUCAACAAGGAAGUCUGCGAGAGACUCAGAAAGACAGUCGGAGGCGUCAGAAUCGAGGAUGACCUCCUCAUCACAGAGGACGGCUGCAAGGUUCUCUCCAACAUUCCAAAGGAGAUCGACGAGAUCGAAGCUUUUAUGGCAAAGAAGGAGUAA